UCCAACUGAAUUUUUCACAUUGACUACACAUAUAUCAAGUUUAUUGUUAAGAUCAUUACCAUUUCAUAACUCAUGUCAAUUACAUCGGAUAUAUUUUAUGAUAAGAUUGUCACAAGCAUUAAAAAACCACCAAAUGAAAGAACAAUAGAUGAAAUCGAAGAAAUUUGUCCAUGGUUUGUUGGGAAAGUGAAAUUUUUUUCAAAUCUCAAAUCUGAUAUUGUCAAAGAUAUAAUUAAGAAUUGUGAAUUCUCUGAACGUGAAACGGAUGAUAUAAUUAUACGUCAGUUCGAAGAAGGCGAUUGUUUUUAUAUCAUUCUCUCUGGUCAAGUAUCAAUUUAUGUGAAUACUGAACUUGUACAUGAUGAUCAAGAAGUGGUUCAUCAGCAAGAUGAAUUUGUGCCUGCAGUCAAACAUUCUGUAGAGCGUAAAGCAACUAAUCGAGAAAAAUGUGGAAACUAUGUUAUCAGUUUUGGAACAGGAGCAAGUUUUGGAGAAUUGGCUUUAAUCAACAAAGAUUGCAUAAGAAAUGCAACUGUAAUUGCCGAUCGCAAAACCCAUUUAGCUGUUAUUAAUCGUGCAACAUACAACCGUUCACUUAAAGAUGUACAUGAGGCAGAUUUCAAAAAACGUACUGAAUUUAUUAAUAAAUGUCCACUUUUUAAUGGAUGGAUUCAAAGUUUAAAGAAACAAGCAGCAAUGUCUCUAGUUCAAACAGAUUUUCCAUUUGAAGCAAACCUUGUUCGUCAAGAAGAACCAGUGAAUGGAUUAUUGUUUAUUAUUUCUGGUCAAGCUCAAGUCUCAGUAGAUAUUCUUAAGCAUCCUAAACAGUAUCCUAAUUUAAAACUCGCUGCAUAUUCUGUCACUUCAACAUACAUGGAUGAUCACAAACUAAUUCAUACUGAAAAUCCAAAUUACCCAGUACGACGUAUGGGAUACAUCGUUAAUGAAAGACGUAGUGCAUUGAAGAAGAUAGAUUUAUGUAUAAUUGGUCCUGGUACCAUACUUGGUGAAUUUGAAUAUGGCUUUAAUUUAAAAACUUAUAUGCAAACUGCUAUUUGUAUUGAACCUACAUCAGCCUAUAUAUUAGGUGGAAGAAAUUUUGAACGUCUUAUACAAAGUCGUCGUAAUCCAGAUGGUUCAAAACAGAUUCGAGAAAUAGCUGAACGUAAUAUUUUAUAUCGUAUAAAUCGACCAAUAGAUUCAAAAAUCCCUCUUUUUCGCUGUUUAGUUAAACAAAUUUAUGAAGCAAACUUACAGUUACAAGAAGAACAACGUGAAAAAGCAUUGGCUAAUCGGAAUAAAAUUAAAUCAGAAAGAACGAAAGGACUUUUUGAACCUACAUCAAGAAAUCAAAGACAACAGCAACAAGAACGAAUGAAAGGAAGUAAUAAAUCUCUAUUACAACAAGUAAACUUCUAAAAUGGAAAGUUAUUAAU